GACUUAGUUGCAAGCGGCUAGUCCGUCCGUAUUAGGAAUUUGUGAAAAUUUGGUCCAGUUCAUUUAUUUUCUGUUUAUUCAAUAGUAAAAGCUCUUUCACUCUGUUUUGACCACUGUGGCUUUACACAGGUCCCAGUUUGUCUAUGAGCAGUGAGCGUUGGGAAGUUCGCGCUUAUUCCUGCAUUGUUUGUAACCGUUCGCCGGCAUAUAUUAGCUUAGCCAGGGUUAGCGAGCUAGUUAACUUUAGCGACUACGUGAGUGAAGCUGGGGCUUUUCCCGAGGCGAGCCUGUCUCAUUAGCGCAUCGUCUUUUGUAAGGAGUGUGUGUCUUUACAGAGUUAAGUCGUCGAUAGGGUUUCGUAUUUUUUUGCAAUUCUCAAAAAUGGCCGCAACAACGUUGGAAAUGGACGGGAGUGUGAUGGAAGGAGGGGGACAGAUUUUAAGAUUGUCUGCUGCACUGAGUUGUAUCCAAGGCGGGUCUAUCAAAAUAAACAAAAUACGCGCUGGUAGAAGCACACCAGGAUUAAGGCCUCAACAUCUGUCAGGACUGGAGCUGGUCAGGGACAUGUGUGAUGGAAAUCUGGAGGGGGCUGUUGUAGGCUCUACAGAAAUCACACUGACUGCUAGGAAAAUUAAAUGUGGAAAUUACAUUGCAGACACCCAGACUGCAGGGAGUGUUGGGCUUCUGCUGCAGGUCUCACUGCCCUGUGCUCUGUUUGCUGAUGGCCCUUCAGAGCUGUGCUUGAAAGGAGGCACCAACGCAGAAAUGGCACCACAAAUUGACUACACAAUCAAGGUGUUCAAACCAAUUGCAGAGAAGUUUGGCAUGCAUUUUGACUGUGAUUUAAGAAUGAGAGGUUACUACCCAAAAGGUGGUGGAGAAGUGGUUGUCAAAAUACACCCUGUUAAGGAGUUGAGUCCCAUCAGUUUGACAGAAAGAGGCAACAUCACCAAGAUCUAUGGCAGGGCCUUUGUAGCAGGAGUGCUGCCUUUCAAGCUGGCAAAGGACAUGUCCACUGCUGCAGUGCGCACUAUCCGAAAAGAGAUUAAGGACCUUUAUAUCAAUAUACAGUCUCUGCAAGAGAAAGACAAGGCUUGUGGUAAUGGAAAUGGCAUUAUAAUCAUUGCAGAAUCCUCUACUGGCUGUAUAUUUGCUGGCUCAUCUCUUGGCAAGAAAGGUGUGUAUGCAGAUAAAGUGGGCAUAGAGGCAGCUGAAAUGCUUCUGAGGAACAUUAGGCACAAUGGCUGUGUGGACGAGUUCUUGCAAGACCAGCUGAUUAUUUUCAUGGCCCUGGCAAAGGGCACAUCAAGAAUGCGCACUGGCCCGAUCACUCUCCACACACAGACCGCCAUCCAUGUUGCUGAGCAGCUCACUAAGGCGAAGUUUGUUAUCCGCAAGGCAGAUGAUGAGCAAGCCAACAGUGACACCUACAUUAUUGAGUGCCAGGGUGUUGGUGCUGCUAAUGCCCACCUGUAAAUUUUGGGCAAGGUUAUCCUUGGCCCAUCUCCAGCCAAGGUGAGGGGCGCUCAGAUGACAGCAACUGGAGACCAUGUAGCAGAAACACACUACUGUAACUGACUGGAUGGCCUGAGGACAGCUUGACUUCCUCUUAAUGGAACAAGAGAUUGAGUUCCUUAGUCUUUGAAAUGACCCCUGGGUCACUCCACUUUGUCCAUGCUUUUUCCUUUUUAAAUAUCCAUCAUUUAUCAAAUGACUUUUGUUACUCAGGGUAUUGCCUUACACUGUAACAAAGCAUUGUCUUUGGAAAAUAUUUAAAUAUAGUUAUAGACUCUUUGCAAUAUUUGAUCAGCAAGUUUAGCUUUGAUCCUCUCGAUAGCUGUCAGAAUUUGUCUGACUUGCUUUCACCAAUGUCUGCACCCACACAAGCCUUAAAUAACCAAUUCAUAAAAUCCUUCUGUUACCACAAUCAGAACAAGUUUACCGCUAAUCAUUUGCAUGGAACUAGGGAUGCUCAUGUUUGUCACUGUUAAAUAGUUAAAUAUGGUGCACUAUGUGUACAUGGGAAAGGAAAGAAAGGUCUCCUGUUCCUCAACAAAAACAAAAAUUCAAGUAGUUCCUUUUUUUUUUGUAAGUUAUUUAAGUUGAUGUGAAUUGAAUGAAUGGCGCCAUGCUUUUUAUAAACAGCUCACUUGGCUAUGCAGAGCUUUGCAAGGACGUUUUGAAAUCACUUAAAAAUGGUGGUCCCAGCCACAGAUUUAUUUUGUAGUGUUGUUUACUUAUUUAUGAGAAGGGAAGUGAUGAUUGGCUUGGUUUUUUUUUUUUAUUUGGUUUUUUUGUGUGUAGGAGACUAAUCUUUUUGUUUAUUUGCAUCAAGAUAUUUUUUGAAGAAAACAAAUCACAAUAAAAGUGGUAAGGAUAUUUUGUAUUUAAACUUCACUUUUAUGGUGGUUCUAAUAUUCUCAAGAAGGGUUAUUACUUUCGUAUGUCAAAUUAAACCUUUAGGACUUGUCAUGAACCUGUAAAACUAAUAUUGAGUACUAGUAUCAUAUUUAAUCCUAGCAGUUGUGCUAAACCUGGCAAGAAAUUCAUUUGGAUUAAUUUUCCUCGCUAAAUCCUUUUAGUAAGUGCCCUCUUUGAUUAAAAUAAAUAAAUGUU